UUCCACCACCGCACCAAACAUCAUCUUACGAGAGAUACCAUGUUAUUAUUGUAUCACAGUAUCUUUCUUUUCGAAAGAUGUCUUCUUCCACAACCAAUUCGUCUCUUGCACGUUCUCGAAGUCUGCGAGUUGCGCCCAGCAACACCUUGAAGCCAGUGACCGCUUCCGCACCACAACUACAAAUUGGACCUUCGAAUAUCGCAUUGUUUCUCACGAAUCUGCGACUCCUCGACCUUGACCUCCGCGAUGACUGGCCGAACGUUACUACUGUAACCUUUUCCACCAAAGAUUCGCAGCAGAACCAAAAGAAGCGGAUACAAUGCGUCGAGUGGGCAUUGUACCAGCUCUUCGCCUUGUGGGAUCCCGAGCAGGCUCGAGAUAAACUCCAACCAUUCUUCCCUCCACUCGAACCUCUCCAAUCGUUGAACCUACGUGCUGCCCUUUUCCGUUGUCUCGACCAAGCCAAGGAGAACGGGUUUCUAGGACGUGACACGGUGCUUCGAAAGACGAUGUUAGAUGAAUGCAAAGGGGAGAGGCUUGAAGAAGUCCUUGCCGUCUUUUCGAAUGUCGUUCUAAAGAAAGUACUGCAGCAGGGAACCUCUUUCGAACAUCAGGCUCUUGCACAGCAACUUGCGCUGGAAAACUUCUCUUACACCGGAGAGCGAUCAGUGUUAUCUGCGUUGAUUAUGGCACACAAGAGUUCUCUCAGCAACCUCCUGCGUGACAAGAAAGACGCCAAUGCCAAAUACCAUGAUUUCGGAGACCUCCUCGACCUAAACGAACGCCGUAUCGCACGGAGACACGAACAACUGAAGCAAGCUAUUGAGGAGAAUGGAUCGGCCGAUAAUAUCACGGAUUCAGAGGUCAGAAGUCUGCAGGAACAAGUUGAACAAAACUGGUCUGGAAAUCAAGAAUGGCUGGAAACAUUACUCUACGGCGACAAUCGAGCCAAUGCUGAUGGAGUUCUGGCGACCCGGUUUGAGAAAAUAUGGAGCCAUGUCGAGGCAGGUAGUAUUGGCGAGAUUGAGGGAAUCCACAAGGUUGGACUUCUCGAGCAACUCGACGCACGAGUCAAGGACCAGGAGAAUCGUCUGGCAAGAUGGCAGGACUUUGGAAAGACACUCUGCAGGCCUGACGGAUCAUCCCCAUCGAAAAAGCCUGUACUCAGUGCACAACAACAGAAGAUCGAACUCGGAUUUACCAGACAUCAAGCUCUACAGAUUGGACGAGCAGCUUCGGAAAACCGAAUCCGGCCCGCUACAGCGUCUCUGGAUGAAUAUAGUCGCCUGAUUGAGAAUAUGAAGUCGGAGCUGGCAGGCGUUGGUAAAAGCCAGCCUCCAUCGAAACGACCUGUACGCCAUAGUCUCGUCCCCGACAAAGGAAGUUCUCCAUCUCCGUCAACAGUUUCAAUGCAGCAAGAGUCAGCUACAGCUCAUGAUGAAGAAUGGUCAUCCGCAAGUGAUAACGACGAUGUUGUCUCACCAAGUACUACUAGCUAUGCUACAAAAUCUACAUCCAGAACUCCUCCUUCUCAAGGCCCGGUCAACAAUAGCAGAGGAAGACCCGCUCAAAGACCACCCUCGCCCGUUCAGGAAAUUUCCACUAAUCAGUCGAGUCCGAUUCAUGCCAAGGAGGUAUCUAAAAACACUUUGGAGCCGAUUGUGAUUCCCGAAGAUCGGUCACCGUCUCCGCUACCACUUUCACACACACCCCCACCUCUAGAACCGCCGAAGCCAAACGUGGGACAAGAGUCCGAAUCAGAUCUUGCGGAUCAUAUAUUGAACUCGAUCUCAGCGACUUCACCAUCUCCAAAGAAAACUCGUCACACGCUAUCGUUAGCAGAGCGUACUCGAUUGUCGAUGUCUCGCGCUUCCCAUUCACGCUUGUCAGAUCUUCAUGAUGAAUUUGAGGUUGCUGAGCUUCCUCGACUUACCCUUAAGUCGAGGCCAUCUAUGGCUGUGAGAACCGUAGGAGCGGAAUCGGAUUCUGAUAAGCACGCGGAUUUGAUAGAGCGAACAAGGAAGAGCAUGGCAGGAUUCGAGGCAGCUCAGAAGAAAGCACAGCUUGAGAGAAGGAAGAGCGUGAAGGAUGCGAAGAAGAAGCAAAGGGAGUCAAGUUAUUUUCCCAAGGUAGAAGAGGAAGUUGUCACUCCAGAUAUCAGCACCAUUGAGAUGCUCGAGGGAGAUCCAGACUAUGAGAGUGUGUUCAAGAGUCGACCAAAGAUUAAGACUAGUCCAGCUGUCAGUCCGACUAGGAUUUGGGAGGAGAGUGAGGAUUGAUAUCCUUUGUUUGUAUCAUCCACUCCAUGUUGGAGUAGUGGUUUGUGCCAUAGAUUAGGCUAGGGUUAUAGCAUGAAAUUAUGAACAUUACGAGGGCUCAAUGCCACCUUCAGUUCCCUUUCCGUGCCUUCAUGGUCCACGGCUUUGAGAAGCUAUCCUAAAGACUGGCCACUUGGCAUAUGCUCUUGGUCCAAGCCAUUAUCUUUGUGAUGCAUAUAUACAAAUAUAUAACGUCUCUCGUCACAAUUUACUAGGCACCCACCUUGGUUUCCUCUUCUCAACAAAACUCCU